UUGGGCGGUGCCGGGUGAGGGGCGGGGCCAUGCGGUCACCACGGCGACCGUGAUCCGCCCCGCCCGGGCCCUGAGGGGUGGAGGCCAUCGCCGGGCCGGUACCGCUGCCCUCGCUCCUUCCCUCCCUCCACCUCAUCACCUCCGGCACCAACGCAGCUCUUAGGGAUCCCUUGCUUCGCCUUCCCUUUCCCCUCCGCCCGCUGGAGCAGCACAGCUCUGUGGAGCCCUGCAGGUGCUGAAUCCACAGCCUGAUCCAGCUUCUGAGUGCUCGUCCUCAUGCCAGUCUUCCUGUGAGAUGCGAUCCAGCACCUAAACAGCCCGUGGUAAUGAUCCUGAUGCACCAGGAGAGGGUUUUCGUGUCCUUCAAAACAAGGCUGUAGGAACGUGAGACUCCGGAUUUAUCUCUCGGCACCAGCUGGGAAAGACACUGUGCCACGGGGAUGCAUCACCCCGCGGCUUCCCGGGGAAGAGCCGAGCCAAAGGACAGCGCUGCCGUGGCAGUCAACAAAACAAAUUCACAGAGAAAUGAGCUGAGCUUGGGUCGGGUGCACCCUCCGCGGCUGCCAGGGUAUGUCCUUGUGAGGGUGAGAGUUCCAUCGGAGCCCAUUCCUCUCUCACAUCCACAUCCCACAGCGAGCACUGGGGCUGCACUCCUGCCUGCUCCAUCCUUGCUGUCUAUGGGAGGGCUCAAUGCCCAGGUGGGCUUUGCCACCCCAACCUCUGCUCUGUGACCCACCAACCGAAGGAAACACUGCCAGAGAUAUUUGCUGCUCUUGCUCCAUCAGCACAGAUCAUGAUCCCCAUCCCUCAGCUCCUACUGGCAGUGAGGAAGGACAAACACAGUGUCCAGGGCCACCCUUGCCAUUGUCAAAGUCAAGGUUACUGCUCGCUUGGUUGUGACCUUUGCUGCAAGGGAGUUUCUGUGGGUGCCAGGGACAGGGUAAGCCUGUGCAGGUGUUGGAGUGAAACCAGGAUCUUGGGCUCUGUGUGCUUUAUCUGGGACUCCCUGUGCUGUUGCUGGCCCGUGGACCAGCUGCACAGCUGUAGCCACAGCGCUGAUCCUGCCUUGAACUCAGGCUCCUCUGCUUCUCCUUCACCACAGACAAGAGGGUUAGAACUUAACUGAGUUUCUCUCUGCCCAUUCCUCGUUUGAGCCAUUGCUGGAAAAAAUGCCUGCUCACUGGACAGACUUACCUGAAUCCAGCACUGACCUGGCUUGGAGCAGGGGCUGGAGGAAUGACCUUCUGAGGUACCUGAGUGCUAAACCUCAGCAGCCCCCCUCCAUGUCUGGAGGUGCUGGACCCCCCAGAGAGCCAGACCUUCACUGUCCUUACCCACAGCAGCCAAGAACUGGUGGAUCUGGAGUCAGUGGACACAUCUGGACAUCAGGUAGCACAUGCUCCAGUUCCAGAGGCUGAUUCAGAGCUCCUGGGACUGAGGCAAAGAAAACACUUGUCCUGAUACUGUCUGCUUAGCUUAGCUCGCUCUGUGGCAGCAGAUAAGGGGCCACAGCACAAACCAGAAGGUGUGACCAGUACAUCACCUCACUGUCCUGCUGAACAAUUAACUCCGAUUUACCAAAAUUGGAGAUGAAGGGCUGCAAGCUGCUUUUGUCGCCUGCGCAAAUAUUAACCACGGUGUAAAUCAGGAUUAUCUCUCUGACCUCAACACAAUUACUCUGUUUAAAAAAAAACAACAAAACUGGGGGGCUGAGCAGGGUAUUGCUGAUGAAUUUACAGCUCUGUUUGUGGUCAGGCUGGUUUUCAUGGCAUGGCAAUCACUUGGCGCAGCAGUAACAGCCAGAGGAAAAUUUGCCAGCCCAUGAGGAGAUGCCCCACGUUCUCACAGCCUGGUGUGCUCCUUUGCUCACCCAAGCACAGUGACACAGGGGACGAGCCUGCCAGGACCAGCAAACACAGGCCUGGUGCUGUGGGGAUGCCGGGGUGUGAUGCAAUUUUGUCCUGAUCAAAGGUUGCUCCCUGGGCCAGGAUAGAGAGAGGAUCAAAGGGCAACAGAAUCCAGACAAGCCAAGCUGAUUCUCCAGGCUUGGUUCGAUAUGUUUGUUCUUUCGGAAGCACUGCUUUUUAGGUGUCUGGCUUUAAAGAAUGUUUAAUGGUGCUGCUGUCAUGGCCUCUUUAGCUCCACAUUUCCCCAGAAUCCGUGAACAAGGCUUUAGUUUUGUUCAGGUGCUGGCAGGAGUGAGCUCACAGCUCUGGCAUCGCUGGCAGAGCUGCACUGCAGCGGGGUCUGUGGGGAAGGGCUUCUCUGGCUGUCCCUGAGUGUUUCUGUGCCCGAGAAGAGCCAGUUCUGCCAGAGACAUGUCCCAUGAGCAUGACCUGUGGACACAGCCUGGCAGCACCGAGGAGAUAAAGCACAUCCUGACAGCCUGGUGCUUGGAUGGGUCAGGAGAGGCUUUGCCGCACACCCGGUGAACUUGGUCAGUUUGCCUCUACUCGCUCAGCUGUUCCACUGCUCAGUAAAGCAAAUCAUCCCCGAAACAAUGAACCUUCCCUGGCCCACACUGCUCUGGGGCAGCACGAAACUUCCCUGCCAGACAAGGGAGAAAAACCAGAACGAGCCUGUAACCAGGAGGAGGGGAACGAGGCACACAGCUGGAAAACAUCUCCUGCUACCAGGCUUGCCUCUGCCAAAGGUCACCAAACCUGUAGCAUGGGAAGCCCCCCGCCAGCAUGGGGAAACGCCGGGAUAUUCCCCGGCGGGGCCGAGGCUUCCACCGGUGACACUCGCGGGGAUUCCGUGCGGAUGCUGGCCGCGCGGCGCAGCUCGGUGUCCCCAGAGAGGGGCCGCUGUUGGGUUUAAUGUGUCGCUAAUGAGGUUCCUGACAGCCGUGGGAUGCCCGAGGUUACCGGCGCGGUGCCCGGUGCCGGCGGCCCGACGGGGAGCGGAGCCGUGCUCGGGUAGACGGGGCUGACGUGGAGGGGAUUGGGAUGGGGACGGGCAUGGGAUGGGGACAGGGAUGAGGAUGGGGGUCCUGCCGCCCGCCCGUCCCCACCCCCGUUACCACGGCGACGUUGUCAGCAGCCGCCCGGCCACGCCCCGCGCCCCUCCUGGGCCAAUGGCGCGGCGGCGCCCGGCCUGCCCGCCGGUGACGUCAUGGCCGGUGAAAAUCCCCCGUGGCCGCGGGAGCGGCGGUGGCGGCGCGGCCCCGCGGCCCGGCCCGGCCCGCACCAUGGCCAAGCACCACCGCACGCCGGCGCGCUCCGCCGAGCCCGUCAUCGAGGUCAAGAGCAAGUUCGACGCUGAAUUUCGCCGCUUUGCCAUGAAGCGCUCCGGUGCCGGCAGCUUCCAGGACUUCUACCAGCUGCUGCAGACAGUGCACCAGAUCCCGCGGGUGGAUGUGCUCCUGGGCUACACAGACAUCCACGGCGACCUCCUGCCCAUCAACAACGAUGACAACUACCACAAAGCCCUGUCCUCUGCCAACCCCCUCCUCAGGGUCAUCAUCCAGAAGAAGGAGUCUGACGCCAGCGUCUUCGCCUCCAACUCCUUGCAGCGGAAGAAGAAAGGGCUGCUGCGCCCAGCACACUACCGGGCCAAGCCUCACCUCCUCAUCGGGAUGCCCCAGGACUUCCGCCAGAUCUCCUCCAUCAUCGACGUGGACAUCCUGCCCGAGACGCACCGGCGCGUGCGGCUCCACAAGCACGGCUCCGACAAACCGCUGGGCUUCUACAUCCGCGACGGCGUCAGCGUGCGCGUGGCUCCGCAGGGCGUCGAGAAGGUGCCCGGCAUCUUCAUCUCCCGCCUGGUGAAGGGCGGCUUGGCUGAGAGCACGGGGCUGCUGGCGGUGAGCGACGAGAUCCUGGAGGUGAACGGCAUCGAUGUGGCCGGCAAGUCCCUGGACCAAGUGACGGACAUGAUGGUGGCCAACAGCCACAACCUCAUCAUCACCGUCAAGCCGGCCAACCAGCGCAACAACGUCAUCCGCAGCAGCAAGGCCUCGGGCAGCUCCGGCAUGUCCACGGACAGCACCCCCAGCCAGCAGACCCCCAGCCCGGCCUCGCAGUACCUGAGCAAUUACAGCACGGCCGAGAGCGACGAGGAGGGCGACCUGGUCAUCGAGAGCGACAGCGCGUCCCACUACAUCCCUGGGGGCUGCCCCAACGGGGGCCCCGCGGACGGACCCCUCCAGCGGAGCCUGUCCCCGCACAGCUCGCGGGGCUCCCUGCAGUCCCUUGGCAGCCACGACGGCAGCCCUGGCAGGGGCAGCGGACGGGAGGAUGGCACCCUCCUCACCCUAUAGCUGCAGGGGCCCGUGCCACUCGGUGGCCGGCCGGGUUUCCGCUCAUCCGGGCUGGGUGUGGACGCCAGGGUGAUGAUGCAGGCAGGGGUGGAGAGGGGCCGCCCACUGCCCUCUCCCACUCCCCGUGACCCUGGGAGCCCCACUGUGGCACCCACUCAAGCUGGGCACUGCUCCUCUGAGCCCCCUUGCCUCCCCUUCCAAGCAAGCGGGGGUUUUUAAUUAUUGAAAUAUGCAUCAUUAAUAUAUUGCAAUGGACAGUAAAACCUUUUCUAG